AUGGAGAGACGAGUGCAACGACUCGGGCCGGGACUCUUCCUUCUUUUCUUGGCCUUCACGUGGCUCUCAACGGCCUGGGUAUCUCCUCCUAGGUCGGGGCGAUCGUCGCAGAUCCCACGAAGUGCUGAGGCUGCGUCCGCGGCCCAGCCCGGCCGUCUUCCGGAGUCUCUCGUUGCAGGACCUCUCUCCAAGCCAGAGAACUUCCAGGACAGCUUCCUUAUGGGCUUUGUGAAAGCCGCCGGGGACCGGUGGCAAGCGGUGGACGAUGACACCGAGGAAGUCCAGGGCUCGACUCGCGAGGCACUAGUCGCUGCAGUGCGAAGCUUUAAGAGCCGGGGUGCCGAGGAGCAGCAAAUCUGGGAUGACUACGUCCAAAGCGAGCUGGGAACGAUCAUAGGUGAUCCGUAUGCCUUCGACCUCCGCAUCAAGCUCCUGGACAAUCAGGCGAGGAAAGCCCUGAGGCGGGCUGCGCGGCAGGUGAUGAUGGAUGAGAUGCUGAAGAGCAGCAAGAGCAGCCGAAAAGCGAAGGAGAUGUCUGACGCCUGA